UGUGUGCAGCAGUUCUUAUAAGCAGCUGAAGCUUUGGCGUCUUCCAGAGGCGAUGCCGGAGUUUUUGAGAGGUUAGCGGAUGGCUCAUAGAUAACUUUCUAUAAUGUCGUGCACAUAGUUAAAGCAAGGGCAAAGUCUUUAAAUUAGCUUUUGACCGGUUGUUUACACCGCUCGUCGCCAACAAUGGAGUACUGGAGGCAAUGUGCGAUGUGGCUGAUCAGUUGCAACGUGCUGCCGGCGAACCACCGGGUCACCGCGGACACGGCGCAAGUGUUCGACCUGGCACAGAUCCUGCGGGACGGGGUGCUGCUGUGCCAGCUGCUCAACAACCUCAGAGCCCACACCAUCAACCUGAAGGAGAUCAAUCUCAGGCCGCAAAUGUCACAGUUCUUGUGCUUGAAAAACAUUCGGACAUUCCUGACUUCCUGCUGUGAUGUUUUUGAAAUGAAGAAAAGUGACUUAUUUGAUGCCUUUGACCUCUUUGAUGUUCGAGACUUUGGAAAGGUUAUGGACACGCUUUCCAAGCUCUCUUACACAGCAGUCGCUCAGCAAGGAGGAUUCAAGCCAUUUCCACUGGAAGAGAGCCUAAAAGAUGAGGACAUUUACAACAAUCUGGAAGACUUGAUUGAUGAGAAUGUUCCUGAAGACGAGGAUGACUUGUAUGCAGCAGUCUACAGUCUGGAAGAAGAGUAUGCAGGAGGAGAAAUUUAUGAAGACCUCAUGAGGACGGAGCAGCAUCCCCCACUGAGGCAGGCAGAGGUGGAUGUGCGGAGCUGCUGCCUUACAGAGAUCAAACAGACGGAGGAGAAAUACACUGAGACCCUGGAGUCUAUUGAGAAGUAUUUCCUGAAUCCACUGAAGAGGAAAUUCUUCUCUGAUGCUGAAAUUGAUAAAGUUUUUGUCAACAUUCCAGACCUGGUUAAAGUUCACAAGAGCCUGAUGGUGGAUGUACAGGAUUCCAUCACAAACAAAAAUGCCUUGAAUCUCUACCAGAUCUUCAUCAGCUACAAAGAAAGAUUACUCAUUUAUGGGAUCUAUUGCAGUCAGGUGGAGAUCGCCAUAGCUGUUUUAGAUCUCAUCUGCAAAGAGAAAGAGGAUGUUCGCUUGAAACUGGAGGAAUGCUCCAAAAGAGCCAACAAUGGGAAGUUCACGCUGAGGGAUCUACUGGUUGUCCCAAUGCAGAGGGUCCUAAAGUAUCAUCUCCUUCUGCAGGAACUAGUCAAACAUACUCAUGAUGCUGCUGAUAAAAGCAACUUGAAAAUUGCUCUUGAUGCCAUGAAAGACCUUGCUCAGUACGUCAACGAAGUGAAGAGAGAUAAUGAGACUCUGAGGGAGAUCGACCAGUACCAGAGGUCUAUCGAAAACCUGAAUCAGCCACUUGUCACUUUUGGUCGGCCAAAGGGAGACGGAGAGGUGCGCCUGAUCUCCUCUGUUGACAAGAGGAAACAAGACAGACACAUCUUUUUAUUUGAUGUGGCUGCCAUUGUUUGCAAACGAAGAGGAGACAACUAUGAGAUGAAGGACAUACUGGAUCUCAACUACUUCAAAGUCACCAACAACCCCACAUCUGACAAAGAAGGCAAAAAGUGGUUCUACAGCUUUUAUGUGAUGCAUCAGCAAGGGCACACAGGCUUUGAACUCUUCUUUAAGACCGGAGAACUGAAGAAGAAGUGGCUGGAUCAGUUUGAAAUGGCCAUAUCAAAUAUCAGACCAGAGAACGCCAACUACAAUUCCCACCAGUUCAAGAUGCACACAUUUGAAAGGAUCACUUCCUGUAACUACUGUCACCUUUUACUCAGGGGCAUCUUUAACCAGGGUUAUCUCUGUCAAAAAUGUGGCCUGGGGGCUCAUAAGGAGUGUUUGGGUCGACUGGGAGUCUGUGGGAGAACAGAUCCUGUCAAGCCGAGGCCCAAGGACAGCACGAUACCGCCAAGCCCAGGUUUAGCCAGGAUGGUUGUGAUCAGAGACUACAGUGGUAACCCCAGUCCCCAGUGUGGGACCCCACUAAGCAUUCAUGUGGGGGAUGUCAUUGAGCUGAUGUUUGCUGACCUGAACAGCUCCUGGUGGCAGGGCAAAAUUCUGGCGACAAGCAAGAUUGGCUUCUUUCCAAGUGAUGCUGUGAGGCCUUGCCCAUGUGUUCCGAAACCCGUCAAUUACUCUAACCAGCUAUGGUUUGCAGGGCCUAUGGAGAGAAACCAGGCUGAGGUGGAGCUCUUGGACCGAGGAAACAGUACCUACCUAGUUCGACACAGGAGUAAAGAAUGCAAUGAAUACGCCAUCAGUAUAAAGUUCAACGAUAAAGUCAAGCACAUUAAGAUUCUGACCAAGGAUGGAGGCUUUUACAUUGCUGAGAGUCGGCUGUUCAAGACUGUUCUGGACUUGGUUGAGUACUACAAACAUCAUUCUCUAAAGGAGGGUUUCAGCAGUCUUGACACCACCCUGCAGGUUCCCUACAGGGAACUGCCCAAUGGAAACAUGCCCAGGGCUAUUACCGAGGCUGGCAGCGUAUUUUCUCCUAGAGUAGUCGGUAUUGCAGUGGCGCGCUAUGACUUCAGCUCCAGAGACACAAGAGAGCUAUCUCUCUUCCAGGGAGACAUUAUCAAGAUCUACACAAAGAUGUCCAAUGGGUGGUGGAGGGGAGAAGUUGAUGGCAGGGUGGGCUGGUUUCCCUCUACCUAUGUGGAUGAAGAGGACUGACUGUGCUUUGUAGAUAAUGUCUAUUCAGCAUCCAAUAUAAGAAGACCACCUCCAGUGUGUGGAAGUUUGCUCUACCACUCCCAGUCUUGACAAAACUCUUGGACUUGGACAUGGGAGGAGGUGGCAGUGCCCUUAAAAACCUUUCUCCUGCCCUCUGAUGAACUCUCACACAAGGGUGAAGGUUGUCAAACCAAAGACUCGAGGAGUGUCACACCAUAUCUUACCCCUCUGCAGCACUGUCUACCCUCACAGCCCACUGGGAAGAACAUGUGCUGCACCUAGAUUACCCUCCCCACCUCACUCCCCUCUCACCUUCUCUUAUUAUUGAUGACUCCAUUGGCUGGUUUCAGACUGGCCUUCACUGUCAUCAUGUUUCGACACCAGGACAGCUCAGUCAUCCAGCUGGAACACAGAUCCUGCUGACAGUGCGCCGCCCAGGUACUCUACCAAUUUGAAAUGCUGAGGAGGUUUGAGUGUUGCUGGAAAACUGAAAUCUUUUAUUUUCCAUUUUCUUUUUCUUUUUUUUUUUAAAGGAAACUAAAACAAGCUAAACACAAAUAUUUUGGAUUAUAUAUUUAAAAAAAAAAACAGAAUCAAACUGAAUGGAUAUACACUUUCUUUAAAUGCAACUAUGAAAAAAAAGGAUGAGAAGUUUUCAGGAUUACAGCAUUAUGGACUGAUUUAUCUGUACAUGUAAUGUUCAUUGACUGCUCAUUGACUUUGGGGGCUUUACAUUGUUCCUAAAAAAUGUGGGAAAAACCCACAUUUGGAUUCAAGCAGUUGACAGAUUACUGAAAUUUGUCACUGAUUAAGCUAUAUGACCAAAAUCCAAUACCUGUUCUUAUAACUUUUAUUUUAUUUGAAUUAUCGUCUCAGUUUGUUGUCCCUCAAAAAUGAAUGGUUUAGUGGGCUGUCCUUAAUCUAGUGUCUUUUAAUUCAGUGGUUGCUAUUUGAAAUAACUUGGGAUCCGGUGAAGGACACUUGGACACUUUAAAAGGACGGAUGGAUAAUUGCUCUUGCACCAGAGCCUUUUCUUGUUGGAGAAAAAUUAAGAAUAAUUUUUAAUGUAUUAUGUAAUUAUGUGAUGUUUUGAGAAAUACACUUAGAUACAACAUUCAAAGAUAAAACAAAACACAGCCAAAGAAGUGCAUGUGUGGUGUGUAUUGUAUUAAAGGUAUUGGUCGAUACCUUUCUACAAGCACUUUCAUCUUUUCAGCAUUCACUGUGGAAACCAGCCCUUUUGCAUUCCACGGAUUUUGUUUACCUCAACUCUUUUUAGUUUCACAAUAAGUGAUUCAAGGGUGAUGUAACAGCUGUUCAUUGUAGAGCAAGAAAGCAAGUUAAAUGAGCUCUUUUCUUCAAACGUUCAAACCCUGCUAACCCAGUGUAUGAUAUCAAUAUUUAAUAAAAGCUUAUUCUUUGAAUUGUA